AGGCGUUCUACUUAAAACUACAAUUCCCACAAUCACCAUUUGUAAAUAGUAUGGAAACCCGUAUGUCCAAAAAGAACAUUAUCGCAUUGCCAUGCUACUGCUGCUGUUCUUAAAGGAGACGCAUCCUAAACAGACCAGGUGUCAGCGGAAGAAAUAUGAGGAAUACAACAAACAAACAAAAUCAGUAAGGCUCGAAACGGUCGGAGGGACAGCGGCAUGGACUCGGAGAACGAGGUCUCGGGCGCUCGUCCUCUGGUCGAGACAGCCGGAGACUCCGCGGAGGCCGCUAACCCAUCCACGGCCUCGGGUGGAUCGGCCGGGGGGAGCAGGGGACGCAAAGGGCGGGCGACGACUGCGGCGACCUCCCCGGACUCUCGGCGCCGCGCCGGGGGCUCUGUGCGCGUCCUGCGGGCCAGGGGCGCCGCGGCCGGCGCAGCCAGCGAGUCCCAGAAUGCCGGCGCGGCGAAGAGAGCUCCAAGUGCGCUGCGUGGAAGAGGGAGACCCGCCGGAGCCCGCUCCAAAAGCUCACCUGCCCCGCAAACUGCCAUCAAGAAGUCCUCGGCCGUGAAAGCAUCCAAACACACUCACGGACCCAAGCCGUCCAAACCCGGAAAGGGCAAAGGGAGACCUCGAACGCAUGCAUCACACACCACGCCGGCAUCAGCAUGCAAGCCUGAAGCGGAGAUGGAGGCUUCAUCGUGUGGGGAGGAAACGGGUGCUGUGAAAGGAAGCGAUGACGACAUUGCAGAUCAAGACGCAGCUCUCAGCGACGACCCUCCAUUCAGAGAUGACCCAGAUGACCUCAUCUACCAACCCGGGACAAAGAUGGAAAAAUCAAGGCGGUGUACAACGCUCCAACGAAAAGAAGUAAAAGAAGAGGAGCCGGAGGCGGAGGAGGAAGAAGAAAAUGGCAUCAAAAAGGAAGAAUCAACUGAGAUUGAUGCUCAGAUGGAGGAUGGAGUGGGUGAUAACAUAGAGCCAACCAGGAAGCGAGGUAGACAGCAAAAAGAUGGCAAAGCCCCACGGCAACCAAAACGAAGGAAAAAGCCCCCAGUGCAGUAUGUCCGCUGUGAAAUGGAAGGCUGUGGUACUGUCUUAGCCCACCCGCGCUACCUACAGCACCAUAUAAAAUACCAGCACAUGCUGAAAAAGAAGUACGUGUGUGAUCACCCUUCAUGUGGCCGUUUGUUUCGUCUGCAGAAGCAGCUAUUGCGCCACGCUAAACACCACACAGAUCAAAGGGACUACAUAUGUGAGUAUUGUGCUCGCGCCUUCAAGAGCUCCCAUAAUCUUGCCGUACACAGGAUGAUUCACACAGGAGAGAAGCCAAUACAGUGUGAGAUCUGUGGCUUCACCUGCCGUCAGAAGGCCUCCUUAAACUGGCAUAUGAAGAAGCAUGAUGCAGAAGCGUCCUACCAGUUCUCUUGCUCCAUUUGUGGCAAAAAGUUUGAAAAAAAGGACUCUGUUGUUGCUCACAAGGCCAAGAGCCACCCCGAGGUGCUCAUAGCUGAAGCCAUAGCAGCUAACGGGGGCCCAGUCAUGAUCAGUCCCACCCCAGAAGACGUCCCAGUGCUCACCCAGCCUGACCAGCCGUCUGUCAGCCAGGAGAGCCAGGAAGCGGUGGGUGGUAUGCUCACUCCGCUGCAACAGGUGGUGCUCCCACUUGCGCCACAGACUCAGAUAGACGUAGCUCAAGGCCAGUUCCUCCAACUACCAACGCACCAUGUGGUGCAGGUAGGACACCAGCAGCAAGCCCCUACCUUAUUGCACCUCACCACUGCUUCUCCUGCUCACCUCUCCUGCGCCGGCCACACCCAGCUCACCCAGCUCAUCCAACUCCCCACCCUUCCCGCCGGCACUGUCACAUCCAUGACCAGUGCGGACUCGCAGGGCACCCUCCUCACCCUGAGCUCUGUCACCACUUUGGCCUCCCAGCAGGCCGUGCAGUGGGGCAGGGAGGCUGACGAAGUUGCCCAGAUGCCCGCGGAGGGCGAGCUGUGGGAAAAGGUGAUAGUGGGCGAGGUUCAUCAGGACGUCGGGGAAAUGAUUUGGGAGAGCAGCAGGGAGAGGAGGAAGGAAGAUGAGGGGAUCGUUUGGGAGCGGGAGGGAGAGAGACAGAUUUUGUUACAGUGUGCCGAGAUUCAAGGAGAUAAUUUAAUGUAGAUAGACGGCUAAAGAAUGAGGAACUUCGGAAGGGAAAAAAAGACUGAAGGCAUUUCAAAAGUAAAUAAGCUGACAUAAAUAUUUGAAAUAACAUUUUAUCUCCAUGGAGUAUAAUAGUAGUACACAGACAGAGCUACUUCACGUCAGGGAGUAUGAUUUAAAAUGUAGAUAACAUACUCUUCUUUUAUCAAAUAAUAUUUUAGAUCUUUUUGUUUGUCACCCUGUAUAUAUGUAUGUGAAACCCUUUUUUUAGACUGAAAGACCAUAAUAAUGUACAAGAAAGUUCAAAAUGUCAUUUAUUUUCUCAUAGUAAUCCUGUUCGGUUUAUAUGCAUCUAUUUGUACGGCGAGUUGGUGAGUGUCCUCGACAUAAUUGGGUUAACUCCCAGUAGUUAAAACUUACAGAAAUUAGCUGUGAGCAACAACUCCAAAAAAAAUUAGGUUCUCGCUCCAAGAUCAUCUUUAUACGUUUACAAUAUAAGACGUGUGCCGGUGAUCCUCGACAAUGAGCUGAAGCAGUUAAAUGGAAUUCUGCCAUUAUUCAUUUUAUUUUUACACUGGUGCUUUUCCUGCCAAAAGCGUCUACAUGCCUCGUAAAGAAAGAUCUACAUACUCAUUUGUACUUGUUUAUUCACGCCCUGAGCCUGAGUGGUGUCACAUUUCCCAUCCAAACUCUACUUCACUUUUGUUGCAUAAUUUAGUUGGUUUUCACCAAUCCUUGCAUUGUUUUUAUGUUUUACAGUCACUGGCAACAGUUUUAUGAUCCAAGAAACACAGUGGAAUAGUUUGAUGGGAUGAGAAAAAAAAAAAAAUUCCCUCAACGAUUUUCUUUGAAAAAUAGGUUGAUUAUAAAAUAUACCUCUUGUACACUGCCACUACUACUGAGUUCUCGUGAACCUAAUUUAUCCCAAAAAUGUUUCAGAAUAACUAUGAUAAAUAAAUCAUGUUCUGAAGUCUU